ACUAGUCCUGGUCUUGGUGAGUGAGGUGAUGAAGUGAAUGCGCCGGGUCAGAUUAGCUGAGAAAGUCCUUAAAAUUAACGCGUGUGUUAAUAUAACAGUUAUUAUUUAAAUAAACGAUUUGAUAAACUAUUUAAACAAUUUAGAUAAAUUGAUUUAUUUUAAAAUGGAUCCACGGAGACUGACGGAAUAUUUACGUGCCACGAUUGAUCCAGCACAACAAAAAGAAGCCGAGGAUCAACUUAACCAGAUUCACAAAAUUAUUGGUUUCGCUCCUACACUUCUGCAAGUGAUAAUGUCGGCGGAGGUUGAAAUGCCUGUUCGUCAGGCAGGUGUUAUUUAUUUAAAAAAUUUAAUAGUAUCUAAUUGGGCUGAUCGGGAGCCAGAGAAUGGUGUGGUACCAUUUAAUAUUCAUGAACAGGAUCGUGCAAUGAUACGUGAUUCAAUAGUUGAUGCAGUGGUUCACGCACCGGAACUCAUAAGAAUUCAAUUGGCGAUGUGUAUUAGUAACAUUGUCAAACACGACUUCCCGGCACGAUGGACGCAAAUUGUGGAUAAAAUAACAAUUUAUUUACAAAAUCCUGACCCAACUUGCUGGCCUGGUGUUCUUUUGGCGCUUUAUCAACUCGUUAAAAAUUUUGAGUACAAGAAACCUGAAGAACGGGGACCACUAAAUGAAGCAAUGACACUUUUAUUCCCAAUGAUUUAUCAACUGAUUAUAAGACUACUACCCGAUCCAUCAGAACAAUCUGUUUUACUCCAGAAGCAAAUUUUAAAAAUAUUUUUUGCCCUGACUCAGUAUUCCCUACCGUUGGAUUUAAUAUCCAAGGAGUCGUUCUCCCAGUGGAUGGAUGUGAUAAGACAGAUUGCUGAUCGUCCAGUGCCACCGGAGACAAACAACCCCGAUAUUGACGAUGACGAACGGGCUGACUUGCCAUGGUGGAAAUGUAAGAAAUGGGCUCUACAUAUUUUACAUCGUGUGUUUGAAAGAUACGGAAGUCCAGGUAAUAUUACCAAAGAGUAUAAAGAUUUUUCCGAAUGGUAUCUACGCACAUUCAGCGCUGGUAUUUUGGAGGUAUUGUUGAAAAUACUGGAUCAGUAUCGUCGAAAAAUAUUUGUAUCGCCGCGCGUGAUACAGCAAUCGAUAAACUACAUCAAUCAGGGAGUGAGUCAUGCUUAUUCCUGGAAGUUCCUCAAGCCACACAUGUUUGAGAUAAUUCGCGACGUGCUGUUUCCUAUCCUAUCAUACUCGGCUUCCGACGAAGAGCUUUGGAAUAAUGAUCCCCAUGAGUAUAUACGUUUGAAGUUUGAUAUAUUUGAAGACUUUGUGUCCCCUGUGACAGCAGCACAGACACUUUUGCACUCGGCCUGCAAAAAACGCAAAGAAAUGUUGCAAAAAACGGUACAAUUUUGUAUCGAAGUUCUGACAAGCGCGAAUGCUGAUCCACGUCAAAAAGACGGUGCUCUGCAUAUGGUUGGUAGUCUUGCUGAUGUAUUAUUAAAGAAGACAAUGUAUAAAGAACAAAUGGACACGAUGCUUAUGACAUAUGUAUUACCAGAAUUCAAUAGUCCUCAUGGUCAUAUGAGAGCACGUGCCUGCUGGGUGUUACAUUAUUUCUCCAAAAUAAAAUUCAAACAAGAGCAAAUUUUACUUGACGCAACCAAAAUGAUUGUUCAUUUAUUAUUAAGUGAUCGUGAGUUGCCGGUUAAAGUUGAAGCGGCCAUUUGUCUCCAGUCGUUGUUGUCAUCACAAGAAAAAGCACAGAAAUUCGUUGAACCCAUGGUUAAAAAUAUAACACUCGAGUUGUUGAAUAUCAUCAGGGAAACCGAGAAUGAUGAUCUGACGAGCGUCAUGCAAAAAAUAGUGUACACGUACACCAAGCAGUUGAUGCCGAUAGCCGUCGAAAUUUGUCAACAUUUAGCAACGACGUUCAGUCAAGUUCUUGAAACUGACGAGGGUAGCGAUGAAAAAGCUAUCAUGGCAAUGGGUUUACUAAACACAAUAGCUACUUUGUUGUCUGUAAUGGAAGACCAGCCAGAGAUAAUGGCCCAAUUACAGCCUACAGUACUCCAAGUUAUUGCUCAUAUAUUUGGACAAAGUAUUAUUGAAUUUUACGAAGAAGCUCUUUCACUUGUUUAUGAUUUAACCGGUAAAUUUAUUUCCGAAGACAUGUGGAAAGUACUCGAGCUAAUGUAUCAGUUAUUCCAAAAAGACGGGUUUGAUUAUUUCACAGACAUGAUGCCAGCACUUCAUAACUACAUAACUGUUGAUACACCGGCAUUUUUAUCUAACGAAAAUCAUAUUUUGGCGAUGUUCAAUAUGUGCAAGGCCAUUUUGACUGGUGAUGCUGGUGAAGAUCCAGAAUGUCAUGCUGCAAAAUUAUUGGAAGUAAUUAUUCUGCAGUGCAAGGGACAUAUUGACACCUGUAUACCACCACUAGUACAGUUAGUUUUAGAAAGAUUGACACGGGAAGUUAAAACAUCGGAACUACGGACCAUGUGCCUGCAAGUUGUUAUCGCUGCGCUCUACUACAAUCCAACGCUGUGUCUACAAGCUAUGGACGGAUUGCAAGGACAACUGGGACAAUCAACAGAACCAAUCGCAUCACAUUUUAUAAAGCAGUGGAUCCAUGACACUGAUUGUUUUCUUGGUUUGCACGAUCGUAAACUUUGCGUAUUUGGACUUUGCACGCUGAUCAGUAUGGGACACAACAGACCGCAGGCUGUUAACGAGUGCGCUCAGCAAAUCAUUCCUUCGUUGAUACUUUUAUUUGACGGUUUAAAACGGGCGUACGCUGCUAAAGUUGCUGAGGAAGAUGACGACGAUGGUGACGACGAGGAGAGUGAUUUAGAGGAAGAAGUUUUAUCGUCAGAUGAAGAUGAAAUUGAUGACGCUAGUCAAGAGUAUCUUGAAAAAUUACAAGAUAAAGUUACGCGGGCAUCAGGACAACAUGGUUACAAUAUAAAUGCAUCGAUACAAGAUGCCGAUAGGUCUGACGAUGAGGAUGACGAUUCUGACUUUGAAGCUAAUGAAGAAACGGCACUUGAGUGCUACAUAACUCCUCUUGAUUUUGAUGAAAAUAAUCAAGACGAAUAUGUUGUCUUCAAGGAAGUUAUGCAAAACAUUGAACGAACUGACCAAGCGUGGUACGUAGCUUUAACUGGUCAUCUGACAGCAGAGCAGCAAAAAGCCCUACAGGAAGUAAUACUGCUUGCUGAUCAACGUAAAGCGGCCUUAGAAAGUAAACGAAUCGAGCAGAGCGGUGGUUACGCCUUUCACUCACAGACUGUACCCACAUCAUUUAAUUUUGGUGGGAAGCCUCCAGGUCGAUAAAAAAAAUUGUCUAUGUGUUUUUUAGAUUUUUAGGUAAACAAGAAAUAUAAAUAAUAAAUAAAAAUAAGAAUACAAACGUAUGAUUAAUUUCAAUUUAAAUUGACUAAAAAUUAUUCACUCAUGGCACUGUAUCAUCGACCACUUUUAAAAAGAAAAGAAAGAAAAAAAAACCUAAUUAUAUUAUGCAUUUUCUAUUUACUAUUUUUAUGUAAAGUGAAUAACUGUACAUUGCUAUAUAAAAAAAUGAAGAAAGAAAUCUUAACUCGACUUCGACGUUCCAAAUAUCUGUGACGAUAAAAGAAAAUUCAAUUUAUAAAAUAAUCAAAGUUUAAAUUACUUUUGUACAAUAAUAACAGUUAUAGAUUUAUUCAAG